AUUCCAGAGCCUCCAGAGCCACCCGAGCAGAGCGUGCCCCGUGCCCAGCCGCGCGUCCCGGCCACUGCUGCGCGCUCUCGCCUGCCGGGGGCUUGGAGCUACGGGGCACAUUCGGGGCCGAGAUCCCGGGGCUAGGGGUCGCAUCCCACUGCUAGGACCCGUACCGUCCGAGGAGACCUGGAGAAGCGUUCCGGCUGCCUCUACCCCAGGAACUUUUCGCAGACCUGGCACGAUCCAGCAGCGGCGGGGGCCGUGGGUUUUCAAAGGAGCUGUGCGGAUCCAGGAGUGAAGCAGCAUGGAUGCCAUCAGCCAGGUCCCCAUGGAAGUCGUGCUCCCCAAGCACAUCCUGGACAUCUGGGUCAUUGUCCUCAUCAUCCUGGCCACCAUUGUCAUCAUGACCUCCUUGUUGCUGUGCCCGGCCACUGCGGUCAUCAUCUAUCGCAUGCGGACUCAUCCUGUCCUCAAUGGGGCUGUCUGAGAACCUCCCAAGAGGGGCAGGUGACAGAUGAGGACAGCGUCCCUGCCCCCAGCUUCUUUCCCUUUCUCAGAAGAGCCGCAGGAGGGACUUUGGAGCAUGGACACUGGAGCUCGAUAUGUGAGGAGACCUGAGUUCUGGUUUUGAUUCUGCCACUGGCCAGUGGUGUGAGUUUGGUCAAGGGACCUAAUUCUAUGAGUUCCAGGCUCCUUAUUUUCCAAAUGGGGAUCAUGAUUCCUGCCCGUCCUACCUCAUGGGGUUGUGAGAACCAAUGACCUAGUGGAGGUUAAAGCUGUUGGUGAGUAGAUACACAGGUGUUACUGUUGAAUGCUGAGAAGCUUUGAAGAACCAAAGACCCUAGCUGCUGCUGAGGGGUGAGGGAGACACUGGGGCAGAGCAGUCUUCCCCAGUGCCCCUAAGAUGAAGGCAAGCAAAGGCACCCUGUCAUCAUUCCAAGGGACCAACAGCAUGUGGCUCAACGUUCUUUCCUUUGAGGUGCCACUCCCUUGAGUUGUCUAAUUUGGGAGGGAAUUGAGCAUGGCAGGGGGAGGGAGAUGGGUGGAUCUUCCCAGCACACCGGAAUCUGCAGUUUGUAGGGGCUCUGACAUUUCUUGGCAACGCCAAGGGAGCUGGGGUGAUGGGCUCCGUUCUGCAUUAGCGUCCUAUAGCUUUGACGCUCAAGCAGUGUUGGCAGAUGCAGGGUGGCUGAGUUCCCUGGCCAGCUUUCAGGAUACCCAGCGCCCGCCCCGUCCCCUGUGUGCCGCUCCGCCCCAGCCCCUGCUGUAAUUAGGUCCACCGCAUAAUGUGUACUCCCUUCAUCCCCUCCCACCAGCACUGCAACCAUUCCAAGGUACGAGAUGUUCCCAGCACCUUUGGAACUAACUCAAACAGUGAUGUUUAUUUUAAACGCUACAAUUUAUAUUUAUAUGUAUAGAGAGAUUUCUGGACCACUCAAGCUCUUUGACCGAAAUAAGGAGCAUCUGGGGAUUUGUUAAAUUAUGUAAGAAGAUAGCACAGAUUAUCGGGAUAUUAUUGUGUGAAAAUGAUGCUUUUAGGUUGAUCUGAUUUCAUUGAUGUACCUAAUUUCCAAUAAAGUGCUAGAAUGAGCA